UUCAGGAAAACGAAAUUAUACUCGAACCAGAAAUAUCGUACCUUGAAAAGUGUUCCAGAACAAAAUGUAAACGAGAGCCACUCCCGGUCGCUGGAUGAAAUCUACAAUCCUCAGAAAUAUCCAAAGUACGCCGACGGAUCCGCCGAAAUAAAUAUCACCAAUCACUCUAAGCAACGAUCGCUAGAAGAAGCAACACCAAGCCGAAGAAUUCGAUGUUCUGCUCGCAAGUUGCCGGCGAAAGGCGCGAAAGUCUUAGUAUCGCCGACCGCAGAAAUCGCGCCAGAAGCCGCCAGGAUCAAAUCCAGCGAGCCCUUGAAGUGCGAUCACUGCGACAAAGAGUUCUUCCAGAAGUCUCAGCUCGUGGCGCACCUGAAAACGUACAAGCACCGGUGCAGCUCUUGCAACCGGGUGUUCCGUCUGAAAAACGAGCUGAGGUUGCACAGCAACGAGAAACACGGACCGCUGACGUAUCCCUGCACGAUCUGCGAGUACAAAAGCACGAACAAGUGGACCCUGAAGGACCACAUCAUUCGCAAGCAUACCAGCAGCUACCAGUACAGCUGCGCGGUCUGCCAGAAGAAGUUCAAGCUGAAGAACGACCUGAAGCAGCACACGAAUCAGGUGCACAACGACGCUCCGCCCAUCAUCUGCACCGUUUGCGGGCACGCCUCGAAGAGCGUCCCGGCCUCGAAGGCGCACAUGAGGUACAGGCACUGCAAGCCAGCUUUCGAAUGCAGCAUAUGCAAGCGUUGCCUGUCCACUGAGCACAGCCUGGAGCAGCACCUGCUCUGGCACACGAAGAAGGAGAAGGUGGUGUGCCCCACCUGCGGGAAGACUUUCGGCCAGAAGAGGGAUCUCGAGAUCCACCUGAGGAUCCACGAGGGCCUCAGGCCCUAUUCCUGUUCGUUCUGCGGUAAAACGUUCCGCAGGAGGAACGCUCAGGAACAGCACAUGCUGAUACACACAGGCAUGAGGCCUUAUACUUGCGACAUAUGCGGUCAGGGCUUCGCUCAGAAGCCGGGCUUGAUUUGCCACAGAAAGAGACAUCCGGGACCGUUGCCGCCGUUGCCUGUUAUCUCGGUGAAAAAGCUCAUCAUGGACUACACUCGAGGGCUGCGCGAAAUAUCCACGGAAUUUCGUGGGAGUCGGGAGGAUCGGAAGAUCGACGGGGACAGGGUUCAGGAAAAGGGAAUCGAUUGAUCUGAAUAUAUUAUGAACUGACAUUUGUUGCUUAUGCUGUCGUGUGCAAUAUUGCUUAAUGUCUCAUCUUUUUUUUAAUGUUUUUAAUAAGUUGGAAAUAAUGUAUAAUGGCAUUUAUUAUAUAUUCUUCCGAUGUUAUUAUUUUGUAACUUUAUUUUCACAUUUUUGUUAUAAAUACAUAAAGAUAUGUAAUGCAAAAUAUUAUCUACUAAACGUAAGUGCACACACACAGUUAUAUUUAUUUAUAUGUGACUAUCUUUCAAAUAUUUUUAAAGUUCUUUUUUCAAAUAAAAUCGUUUGGCGGAAUUUAAUUCUACUUCGUUUGCGUAUGUUGCAAAGUAUUGUAUAAAAACGAAACCUUGAUUGUAAUAUUAAAUAAAUAAAAAUCACUUAUUUUUCAAUA